AUGGGUUAUCAGCGGGCCAGGGUGGUCGUGACCGGCAUGGGAGCAAUGACUCCGCUGGGUGAAUCUCCUGAAGAGUUUUGGGCCAACCUAGUUGCAGGACAGUCGGGAGUUGGGCCGAUGACUCUCUGCGAUCCCACGGGGUAUCCCUGUCGAGUUUCGGGAGAAGUGUCCGGAUUUGACCCUGAGAAAUACAUCUCCGGCCGGGAAGCGAGGAGGAUGGCUCGUUUUUCGCAGCUGGCCGUGGCCGCGGGUCUGCAGGCCGUGGAGGCUUCCGGCAUUGACGUUUCUAAUGGUGACCCGUACCGGGUGGGAGUGAUCUUGGGUAACGGUAAUGGUGGCUUCCCGACCCUUGAAGAGAACUGCCGCAUCCUGGCCGACCGGGGCGGCAUGCGAAUGUCUCCCUUCUUCUUUCCGAUGAUCCUUCCGAACAUGGCUGCCGCUGCCGUCAGCCGCUAUCUCGGUGCCCACGGUUACAACUCCACUGCAACCACCGCCUGCGCCGCGUCAAACCAGGCCAUCGGUGAGGCCAUGGAGGUGAUACGGCGGGGCGCUGCCGACGUUGUUUUUGCUGGUGGGGCCGAGGCGGGAAUCAGCUUGCUGGGGCUAUCAGGGUUCGCUGUUAUGCGGGCACUGACCACCCAGAACGACAUUCCCGAGCUCGCCAGUCGCCCGUUCGAUUCCGGUCGCGACGGGUUCGUUCCUUCCGAAGGGGCCGUGGUGCUUGUGCUGGAGCGACUGGAGCACGCGCUGGACCGCGGAGCAACGAUACUGGCCGAGGUGGUUGGUUUCGGCAGCACCAGCGAUGCAGGUCACCCGGUUCAGCCCGAGGAAACGGGAGCCAGUGCGGCCCGUGCCAUGGAGUUUGCCGUGGCGGAUGCCGGCCUGUCCCUGGAGGAUGUUGAUUACAUAAACGCCCACGGCACCUCAACACCUUUGAACGACACCCUGGAAACGGUGGCAAUCAAGCGAUCGUUUGGAGACAGGGCCUACCAGAUACCAGUCAGUUCGACCAAAUCAAUGAUCGGUCAUGCACUGGGGGCGGCCGGGGCGCUGGAGGCGGCUGCCUGCAUCAAGACCAUCACGGAAGGGAAGGUGCAUCCCACGAUCAAUUACACUACGCCAGACCCCAGUUGCGACCUGGACUACGUUCCCAAUGAGUCGCGGGAACUGGACGCGAAGGUCGUCUUGUCCAACGCCUUCGGUUUCGGCGGGCAGAACGCCUGCCUGGUAUUCCGCAAGUUCGAGGAGUGA